UCCUAGUUUAUGUCACCCGAAACGGAACGAAUUAGUUAUCACUUAUCAGUACUCAGUUUUUCCCGCAAAAUCACAGCGUAUGAUUCAAACAGACAGAUAACGAAAAACAACUGGGAAAUUAAGUGUGAAUUAUUAAUCCAGCCCGACUUUUUUUCUGUCCAAGAGUAGAACUUUGAACAUGUCCUUGCUUUCUCAUUGGCCGACUGGAUGGCAGCCACUGACCCCACCCUUACUUCUCCCGACGGAGAGCGCGUCGUCAAACGUCCUGCCAAACCUGCCACUAGGAGUUGCCGGCCGAUCAGCAUUCGUUGCACGGUCACCAAAGCUGCAUGCCCCUAUACCCGUGAAACCGCCGGCAUCAGGAGUCUUGUCGCGUCGGUAUACAGCGACUUCAUCUAUCAACAUCUGGUCCAAGGACUCUGCGUUUUCCCUCGUUAGACAGGAGGUUAAGAAAGCGGAAAUAGCCUGUCGAUUCAUAGUUGAUAUGAAUUCUGUAAAUGUCCCAUUGCCAUCGCCACAGAAACGCGAUCGACGAUACUUUAACGAACGACAAGGUCCGCUAGAAAUGAAUGGUAAAAGAAGCCAUCAUAAAGUUGGACCUGCUCUGCGCGAACUGUUUAAAAAGAAGUUCAACUGCCAAACAUGCGGCAAGUAUUUCCAGUAUCCACGAAGCCUGGAAACGCACAAGCUUGUCCAUUCGGACACCAGGCCACAUGAAUGUCCAUACCAGUGCGGAAAAUCUUUUCGGCAAAGUGGGCAUUUGCAAACGCACAUUCUCAUCCAUACGGGUGCAAAACCGUUCAAAUGCCCGGUCGGAGGUUGCCUUACACCGGCUUUUCGUCACGCCAACCGGCGUUGUCCCCAACAUCCGCAUGAGCGGCUCAAGAAAGUUAUUCCUGCGUUGGGAGAAAAGGCAGUGGAUUUACGGUUUUCCGCUUCGCGAUCCAUCUCGCUUAGCCCGGCGUCAACCGAAAACCAUCCCGAGGAUGUAGCAACCGCCAUGGCUUUGGUGGAACUGUCGCGAAAUGCUUGCAAUGUGUUCAGUCGACAAUAAGUGAGUAUAUUCCGAGUUAGUAUGACUAUAUUCUGUUAGUUGAAUUAACGCGCAUUUUUU